UGAUCCUGCGACGCCGUCGCCGCAAUGGGACGCCCUCCCGGAAGUGGGCUCUGGAUCGGGCAGUGAAAGUGGUGUCCAGUUACCCCCGGGACCAGAUCUGGGAAGUCGGAGCUGAACUGUUUCUUUACCUUUCUCCCAUCCUUUCUGAAUCUUCUAGGUCCGCCUAGUGAGGAAACGUCUCCGCCGUCAUGGGGGGCGGAGACCUGAAUUUGAAGAAGAGCUGGCACCCGCAGACUCUCCGCAAUGUGGAGAAAGUGUGGAAGGCUGAGCAGAAGCAUGAGGCCGAGCGGAAGAAGAUUGAGGAGCUUCAGCGGGAACUGCGGGAGGAGAGGGCUCGGGAGGAGAUGCAGCGCUAUGCGGAGGAUGUCGGGGCUGUCAAGAAAAAGGAAGAAAAAUUGGACUGGAUGUACCAGGGCCCCGGUGGGAUGGUGAACCGUGAUGAAUACUUACUGGGGCGCCCCAUUGACAAAUACGUUUUUGAGAAGAUGGAGGAGAAGGAGGCAGGCUGUUCCUCUGAGACAGGACUCCUCCCAGGCUCUAUCUUUGCCCCAUCGGGUGCCAAUUCCCUUCUUGACAUGGCCAGCAAAAUCCGGGAGGACCCACUCUUCAUCAUCAGGAAGAAAGAGGAGGAGAAAAAAAGAGAGGUGUUGAAUAAUCCUGUGAAAAUGAAGAAAAUUAAAGAAUUGUUGCAAAUGAGUCUAGUAAAAAAGGAGAAGAAGAAAAAGAAGGAGAAGAAAAAGAAGCACAAGAAACAUAAGCACAGAGGCUCAAGUAGCGAUCGUUGCAGCAGCGAGGAUGAGCGCGGCCGGGGGAGAUCUCAAAAGAAGCUGGCGAAUUCUUCCCCUGUUUUGGCCAAAGUCCCUGGAUAUGGCUUACAGCUCAGGAACUCCGACCGGAGCCAGGGACCGCGGGGUCCUCCGGUGGCUGAGCAGCGGGCAGGGCAUGGGUUGAAGAAUUACUCCAGGUCUAGAAGCUCCUCUCCCUCACCUCCGAGACACGCCAGCAAGAAGAGCACCAGAGAAGCAGGGUCCCGGGACAGGAGGUCCCGGUCCCCGGGCAGAAGGUCCCGAUCCCCCAGGCCAAGCAAACCGCACAACUCUAAGGUAAGCAGGAGAGACAGAGGCCGAACUAAGAGCCCAUCACCUAAAAAAGAGGUCUACCAAAGGCGGCAUGCUCCAGGGUACACCAGAAAGCUCUCAUCGGAGGAGCUGGAGCGAAAACGGCAAGAGAUGAUGGAGAACGCCAAGUGGCGGGAGGCGGAGAGGCUCAACAUCCUCAAGAGACACGCCAAGGACGACGAGCGCGAGCAGAGGCUGCAGAAGCUGGACUCUCGGGAUGGCAAGUUCCUCCACCGCAUGAAGCUAGAGAGCGCAUCUACCUCCUCUCUGGAAGAUCGGGUGAAGCGGAAUAUUUAUUCCCUGCAGAGGACCUCAGUAGCUCUGGAGAAGAACUUUAUGAAAAGAUGAAAGCCAUCGCCUGUCUUGCUGGUUUUCCUGAAGUUUUCAGGGAGGCUGCUGACCCCUUACAAAUUCUCUUUAUAAGAGUUCAAAUGGCUUCUUCCACAGAUGUCAAACCACCACUGUUCAAAGUGACUGUCCCCCGUGGAUCGCAGAAACAGCCCAUUUCUUUUGAGAACCCGUGUGACUUGCUCUAUGGGACCCUCGGUAACUUUUGCUGGGUGCAGAGCAGAUGUUAACUUUUUUUUGUUUUUUUUUUUUUUUUAGUGGAUGGGCACUGGAGCAUCUCGGGGUGAGCACUCAUGUUGCUCUGGAAGCCUGCUCCCCAUGGUCAGGGUACUUUUUAUUCCUCUUCCCUCCACCUGUGUGAACACCCCUAUACUACCACCUCAGUAUAGACCGGACCUUUUGGAAGCCUCUCUCCCCAAAGCCACUCAGGUAGAGCCCAGGGAGUGACAAAGAAUCUGGAAGGGAAAACAAUGCAGAAAAGCCCUGUAAAUGAACUAUUGAAGUAUUUGGACUUUUUCUCCA